CAAAGUGAGAAGGAGGAACUUUACAGUAAAGAAGCCUGGAGGAAAGUACCUUAAUCAAGCGACCAAAUUUGCAUCAUCAGUAAUGGGAAAAACUGAAGUUGAGUACCACUUGAUAGGAUGCAGUAAGAACCGGACGCCACUGCUGUGAUAAUCCUGCAAACCUAAUGAUGAAGAAAUAUCAAACACAAAUUGAGUGCGAUGCACAACAUACAAAUGUCGAGGUCAUGAAAAAUCAAGGAAAGAUUGAAGAAAUGUUGGAGAAUAAAGAGAUAUGACAGCUACGUGCACCACAACAUUGAAAAUAAGUUGUUCUAUGGACUGGCUGAUGGUCUCUGUAAGCCCAUGUGCAAACAGCAGCAAUUUGUAUAUAUUUGCUGAUGAAUUAUAUCUGGGAUCGGGUUGCCCUGUGACUCGGAUACAAACAUAUGCCUAUGAUUUUAUAUACCCUGUGCAUGACUGUGGGAUCAGGACAAAGGUUGUUUCAGAGGAUACUCUCCUUUUUCAAACAGAGGUGUACUUUAACCCUAGGAGUAUACAUUGUGACCAUCAGAAAAUCCCUGUGGAAUGUUCUGCCUCUAGGAAAUCAGUGUGGCUUACACCAGUUUCUACAGAUAAUGAAAUAAAAUUGGAUCCCAGUCCCUUUAUUCCUGAUUUUGAGACAACAGCAGAAGAGUUAGGAUUAUUAAAUUCUAGUCAAACUGACUCCAUAUUUACAGAGAAAUUGAAACUUGGAAAUUGGGCUCAUGAAUUUUGUUGGAAAAACAAUGGUUUUAUACAAAAAUAAUUGCUAUAAACCUUUCUUUAGGUAUCUGAUCCCUAAAACCCCUAAUUCAGUGAAGGUCCUGAUUCAGUGAAGGUGAAUUUUUAGACACUUUUAUUUAUUAGGGAUAUGUCUUAUUAAUUUAAUGUUGACUAUCAGAUAAUCCUAUUACCCAUUAAAUUUUAUUUUUAGUUCUAUAGAGUAGAUUCAGAAAUAGGUCUUCAAUGACAACAGGAUUUAAUUGAUACAAACCUCCAAUAAAUAUUUUCUAAAUACAGUUUUUUGAAGAAUAGAAAAAUAGAGAUAGGUGUGUAAAUGUGCUAGAGACUAAAAUUUAACACACUAACUCCCAGGAAAGCCAAAGUCCUUUUAUAAUGAAGACAGUUUAACUUGUGUGGGUUUUCCUAAUUAAUUAGUAAAGGUGAGUCUUAAAAGUAAUUGAAUAUACUUCAUAUUUGAUUAUUAAAGAAGGAAAUUAGGGGCUUCCCUGGUGGCUCAGUGGUUGAGAGUCUGCCUGCCGAUGCAGGGGACACGGGUUCGAGCCCUGGUCUGGGAGGAUCCCACGUGCCGCAGAGCAACUAGGCCCGUGAGCCACAACUACUGAGCCUGCGCGUCUGGAGCCUGUGCUCCGCAACCAGAGAGGCCGCGAUAGUCAGAGGCCCGCGCACUGCGAUGAAGAGUGGCCCCCACUUGCCACAACUAGAGAAAGCCCUUGCACAGAAACGAAGACCCAACACAGCCAAAAAUAAAUUACUAAAAAAAAAUAAAAAUAAAGAUGCCUAAAAUAUACAAUGGGGAAAGAAUUGUCUCUUCAGUAAAUGAUGUUGGGAAAACUGGAUUCCCACAUACAAAAAAAAAAAAAGAAAGAAAUUGGAUUCUUACCUUAUACUAUAUACAAAAAUCAACUCCAAAUGGAUUAAAGACUUAAACAGAAGACCUGAAACUUUAAAACUCUAGAAGAAAACAGGCAGAAAGCCCCACGACAUUGGUUUUGGCAAUGAUUUUUUGCUUACAGCACUGUAUGUACAGGCAACAAAAGUAAAAGUAAACAAGUGAGACUACAUCAAACUAAAAAGCUUCUGCACAGUAAAGGAAACCACAAGAUGAAAAGGCAAACUACAGAAUGCGAGACUGUAUUUGCAAAAACCAUACAUCUGAUAAGGGAUUAACAUCCAAAAGAUCUAAGGAACUCCUGCAACUCAAUGGCAAAAAAACCCAAAUAACCAGAUAUAAAAGUGGGCAAAGAAUCUGAACAGACUUUUCUCCAAAGAAGACAUACAAAUGGCCAACAGGUUCAUGAAAAGGUGUUCAACAUCACUAAUCAGGGAAAUGCAAAUCAAAAUCAUAAUGAGCUAUCACCUUACACCUGUUAGAAUGGCUAUCCUCAAGAAGACAAGUGUUGAGUAGGCCGAGGAGAAAAGGGAACCCUAGUACAAUAUUGGAAGGAAUGUAAAUUGCUUCAGCCACUAUGGAAAACAGUAUGAAUGUUCCUCAAAUAAUUAAAAAUAGAAUUACCAUAUGAGCCAACAAUCCCACUUCCAGAUACAUAACCAAAGGAAAUGAAAACAGGAUAUCAAAGACAUAUCUGCACUUCCAAGUUUAUUGCAGCAUUAUUCACAAGAGUCAAGAUAUGGAAACAACCUAACUGUCCAUCAGUGGAUGAAUGGAUAAAGAUGUGAUAUAUCUAUAUAUCUACAUCUUUAGAAAGUGGAAUAUUAUUCAGCCAUAAAAAGAAGGAAAUCCUGCCAUCUGUGACAACAUGGAUGAACCUGAAGCAUAAUAUGCUAAGUGAAGAAAGCCAGACAGAGUCAGAAAAGUGCUGCAUGAUCUCACUUAGAUGUGGACUCUAAAAUAGCUGAACUCAUGGAAACAGAGUAGAAGGGUGGUGGUCAGGGUUGCGGGGGGAGUGGAAGAAAUGGAGAGAUGUUGGUCAACGUGUGAUUUUCAGUUACAAGAUAAGUAAAGCCUGGAGA